GGAAACGGUGGCGGGAGACCCAAGGGGGCGGAGGCGGCGUUGCCGGGCUCUCCGGAAGGAGACGUGGCGGUUGUUGGGAUCCCGGCUGCCUGGGAGCGUUGUAGUCCCGCCGCCUCCUUCUCCUCCUACUCCUCCUACUGCUCCUCUCCUCUUUGGGCAGAGGAGGUUUGGUGGCGGCUGGAGAAAGCGGCAGCGGAGGAUGGAGGAAGGAGGCGGCGGCGUGCGAAAUCUAGUCCCCGGUGGGCCGGUGUUACUGGUCCUUUGCGGCCUCCUGGAGGCGUCCGGCGGCGGCCGAGCGCUCCCUCCACUCAGCGAUGACAUCCCUUUCCGAGUCAACUGGCCCGGCACCGAGUUCUCUCUGGAAGAAGAAAAGGAAUAUAAAGGCCCUAAUCCAAGAGAACUUUUGGAACCACUAUUUAAACAAAGCAGUUGUUCCUACAGAAUUCCCACUAAAAAUAUCGAAGGUCAGAUGACACCAUACUAUCCUGUGGGAAUGGGAAAUGGUACACCUUGUAGUUUGAAACAGAACCGGCCCAGAUCAAGUACUGUGAUGUACAUAUGUCAUCCUGAAUCUAAGCAUGAAAUUCUUUCAGUAGCUGAAGUUACAACUUGUGAAUAUGAAGUUGUCAUUUUGACACCACUCUUGUGCAAUCAUCCUAAAUAUAGAUUCAGAGCAUCUCCUGUGAAUGACAUAUUUUGCCAGUCACUGCCAGGAUCGCCAUUUAAACCCCUCACCCUGAGGCAGUUGGAGCAGCAGGAAGAAAUACUAAGGGUGCCUUUUAGGAGAAGUAAAGAGGAAGAUUUGCAAUCAACUAAAGAAGAGAGAUUUCCAGCGAUCCACAAACCCAUUGCUAUUGGCUCUCAACCGAUGCUCACUGUUGGAACAACCCACAUAUCCAAAUUGACAGAUGACCAACUCAUAAAAGAGUUCCUUAGUGGUUCUUAUUGCUUUCACGGGGUCAUCAGCAUAAAUGUCUACUCGAUGAUGUCAAGCAUGCAUUAUCACAAAUAUUUUUUCAUAUAUUAGGACAAAGAUAGUGGGAAAACCUCUGUGGUUGUGGGGACAUGGAACCAAGAAGAGCAUAUUGAAUGGGCUAAGAAGAAUACUGCUAGAGUCUAUCAUCUUCAAGACGAUGGUACCCAGACAGUCAGGAUGGUGUCACAUUUUUAUGGAAAUGGAGAUAUUUGUGAUAUAACUGACAAACCAAGACAGGUGACUGUAAAACUAAAGUGUAAAGAAUCAGAUUCUCCUCAUGCCGUUACUGUAUAUAUGCUAGAGCCUCACUCCUGUCAGUAUAUUCUUGGGGUUGAAUCUCCAGUGAUCUGUAAAAUCUUAGAUACAGCAGAUGAAAAUGGACUUCUUUCUCUCCCCAACUAAAGGAUGUUAAAGUUGGAGGAAAGAAAAGAUUGAAAGUCAUGAUGAUUUCUGUCUGACCAUGUGUCUGUCUCACUAUAGAGUUCUCAGCCAUUUGACCUCAUCCAAAGCAAUCAUAUAAAAGGACUCUUAACCACUUUGUGAAUAUAUGUGUGUAUAUAAGAGGUUAUUGAUAAACUUCUAAGGCAGACAUUUUGUCUCAUUUUUUUCAUUUUUGUUUUAUGAACAGAUUGUGUUUUUUCUUUGCUUGGAUAUGUGAUUCCAAAAUAAAUCUCAUCCAAGCACGUCAGAGUCCAGCCUAAUCAAAUAUCAUAAUUGUACCUAUUGAAAGUUUUUAAAUAAUAGAUUUAUUAUGUAAAUUAUGGUAUAUAUAACUAGCUAAUGAAGAAAAGAAUUGAUAGGAGAUUGUUUAAAUGAGAAACCAUGUAAAAUAUGUAAAUUCUAGUGCCUGAAAUCCUUUCAACCAAUUUUUACAUAAUAACUGCUCUCUGCCAGGCAUUAAACUACAAACUGGGCACAUAGUAGAGCCUUAACAUGUGAGUUUUCUUCACCCCUGUUAAUCUCAAGAAAUUCUUAUUUGUAAUAGGUUGCCUUUCUCUCAGAAGUUUUAUUUAUUUCUUUCUCCUUCUUAUGUGUGUGCUUACUGCCAGAGUAUGUAUCUGUUGUAGACAGUUGGUGAUUCUUCUCUGACUUAGAAUGAUUUACUCUAACAAACACACUGUGCUGGCUAUCCAUUGUACUUGCCUACUGUAUAUAUGGAUUUUAGUUCUAGACAGUUUACAGCACAAUAUUUAUUUUAAAGUGAAUAAAGUGUCCACAAGCAGUGUUGUCAUGU